AUGGACUUGAGUCAACUACAGGCUGAAUACCGGGAUCUUCUUAACUAUUCGAAAGAACUAAGUGUUAAUGAAAAUGGAGAUGCUGUUACGUUAAAAAUCGCCCUUAAACAAGCCAAUGAGGCCCACACUAAGGCUCUUAACAGAAUAGCUUAUUUGGAGACAGAAUACAGUGAUGUUGUUCCUAAAAAGGAGUUCGAAGAAAUUCAAAAUGAACUUAAUGAGACAGAAGCCCUAUUUAGGAAAUUGCAGGAGCGACUCAAUCAGCUUGAAGCAGAGCUUGCAUCGAAAAGGGAUGAAAUGUUGAGCUUAUUAAGUGAGAGGGAUGAGUUGAAUGAAACUCUUGAAUCUCUGCAGAGAGUGUCUACACCACGUCCAGAAUGGCCACGAGUUGCCAAUUUGGUUCCCGGAGGCCGUAAACGGUGGCAACAACUCACUACAGGAAUGAGUUCAAAGGAGAAGCUAGUAAUUUUCUCUUCUGAAUUGACUGGUGGUGGUCCACAGGCUUCUCUCCUACAAUCACAGAUCGGUGGUCUGAGCUCCGAGGAAGGUCAAAAGAAAAUUCCUAAAUUCCUUGAAGGAUGUCUUCCAAUGACCCCUCAUAUCAAACCAAAACGUGAUCUUCUCUUACUUCUUGAAGAUAUAUGGCUAGGAAGACAGAAACAACUAGCUGAAUACUUGAAAGAUCUUGGAAAGGGUAAGCGUCCAAAACUGCCCAAGUUCAAUGAGUUCCUGAGCAAAUACCUGAAGAAUGCAUUUGGAGUGGAGAAUAUGCGUAAAGAAUGGUCGCUUUCCAUCUACCUAGCCGGUAGCCUGAUGACGGAGUGUGGGGAUAUUGUGCGUUUCCGGAAAAUAAUUGAUAAUGAGGUGGAGUCUCAAUUAAAAUUUGAACUUUUACAUGAUUUUAAGGAUCUCGACGAUUAUCUCAACGUUGACGAAGCCUAUCACUGGUAUCUACGUUCUCUAACCGGACGACUUUUCAACCAAUUACGUGAGUUAGCAAACGCUAUAGCCAUCGCCCUUACGAUGUCUGAAGAGCCCACGGAAGUUAAACAUACUCAACACGAAGCUCAGAAUACGGAAUCUCAACCCAAGAGCACUGGAUGUCGUCUCACCACGUACCAGCUGAGUCUUGUUCUAGCUAAAUUACUUGACUGCGAACCACAAAAUCCCUCUGUUAUACGAUUGGUGCAGGCUGCUCUGGUUGGUAAUAAUGAAGAAUGGGAAGACGAGGGGUCGUACGCCAUGGCAGCUAUUCCCAUGGAUGACGUAGUUUGUCUGGAGGAACUAUUCCACCAGGCUCCUGGUGAACCAUUACCUCAUUUCGCCCAGUCUUUAGUGUGCUACCUCGAACAAGGUCGAAAGGCAAUCAUAGACCACAUUAUCGUGGAAAUCCAGAGGCAGAAAUCAAGUGAUGGAGCCCCGAUGAUGGUGACUCCAAAUGAUGUACUCGAAGCUAUGAAAAUUGUUCGGCCUGAACUUGAAUCCAUCAUUGGCUCUUCACCAAAUUGUUUCUUCUUGCUUGAAAAACGUCAAGAGUCCGACAAGGGGAAAGGGACUCCCAGGGGUGACGAAUAUGACCUUACAAUUUGUGACCUUGAUGAGACGUGCGCUACUAGGGAAGAGCAGGCAUUGGCUUGGUCGCGAUGUACGACUGCCAAUGAGGAGGGAAGGAAUUACCUGGUUUCAACUGUUCAUUGGCUCUUUCAGAAGGAUGAGUCAAAUGGGCCAGUGAAUGAGAAGGAAAUGUCAUUGGAAGUCAUUGAACGACGCUUGCGGGGCGCAAAUAUCAAGCCCUACAACAAGCUUAAUGCAGUUACCUGA